UUACCACAACGUAUGCUUUGAGCGCCACUGUUUUAAAUUUUUUAAUUGAUUUGCACUAAUAGUCCAUAAGACGCAGGAUAGGUAAUAUUUGAUUUACCUAACUGUGCAUUGAAAUAACAAAGACAAACAAUCGUUGAAAUCCAAAUUAAGAGCAUGGUAUCACACUCCUCUGUGUCAAUGGUGACCGAUACCUCAUCGCUGCUGCUGUGGCAGAAUUCGUGGUGACAUCGUGACAGGACUCCUCUUUGAAGUAAUUUCCGGCUCAGAUACCCACUCGAAUACAGCGACAAUGAUUUACAUCAGUGCUUUUUAUAGCAUGUGCCUGAGUCCACACAAGAGCGCCAAAUUUUGACAUUGUUGGUCGAGUAAACAGCGAUAAUAACUGAAGAAGGCUCAGCCAUGUUCUUCUUGUUAUCCGCAUGUUUCUUUAGUUUACUCCUGUCAGUUCCCUAAAAGGGCGGCAUGUGUAUGGCACGGGCAUUAACAUUUCAUGUCGAUUCUCGAAACAGUGACAUGACAAGCCAACCUUGUGUAUUUGAUAGCGCUCCUUAAAAUUUUAAUUAGAAGGUGAAGGCCCCCUAUUAGAUUCCACAUUCAUCCUGCGAAUGGAGCUCUAAGUUUUGUGUUACGUCUGCCGUUACCUCGAGCUUCCUUUCACAGCUUUGACAUAAUUCCUGUUCUUUCUCACUUGCGCCUUGUCCGCGGUGCAUGAAGUCUGACAUAGAUUGAAACGAUUGUCACAACAUGGGCUUAAGGAUUGCUAUUUGCCUUAAUCUGUUGUGUGUUUUUGGCAAGGUUGCAUCCAGGAAAGGUGUUAAAUGUGGAGGAAUCCUCUCUGCAACCAGUGGCAACAUAUCAAGCCCUAAUUUCCCAGGACUGUACCCAUAUAAUGUCGAAUGUGUCUGGCUGAUAGUGGUCUCCGAGGGGUCCUCUGUGCUGUUGACGUUCCACCACUUUGAGCUGGAGUACCAUGCAAACUGCGCGUAUGACUACAUCAAAAUCUACAACGGCAUCUCUGAGGGUGAGGGCAACCUGCUGGGGAAGUUCUGCGGAGACACAGCCCCGCCUCAGUUCAGCUCCUCCUGGAACAUCAUGUCCAUUAUCUUCCAUUCCGACCGCCAUGUGGCCCAUACGGGGUUCUCUGUGGGAUACAGGAAAGACACGUGUGGUGGCGUGUUGACAGGCCUCUCGGGGGUAAUAUCUAGCCCAGGCUACCCACUUGAGUACAGCAACAAUGCUGACUGUUCAUGGACAGUGCAUGUGUCCAACCGCAGUGUGGUCAGCCUGGUCUUCCUGGACUUCCAGUUGGAGAACAAUGAAGGAUGCAAUUUUGACUACAUUGCUCUCUUCGACGGGCCCACUGUUAAACACCGUCACCUUGGGAAUUACUGUGGCAACGCCCGGCCUCCCAACACAGUAACCACGUCAAAUCAGUUACUAGUUGUUUUUAAGUCUGACUUCAACAUUGGAGGGAGAGGAUUUAAAGCCUACUACUACUCAGGUGAGUGUCAGCAAGUGCUUAAAGCUAUCAGUCGGAACUUCACCAGCCCUAAUUAUCCAAACAUCUACCCCAACAACAUCAACUGUCACUGGACCAUCGCACUGGCGCCUGGGUACAGAAUCAAGCUCUUUUUCCCCAUCAUAGAGCUGGAAGACCAGAACAGCCUGACCAAUAUGUGCGAUUAUGACUCAGUAGCUGUCUACGAUGGAGACAGCGAGACAGACCCUUUGCUGGGAUGCUGGUGUGGAACGCAACAGCCUCCUUUUUUGACUUCGAAGACAAAUAAGCUACUAGUCGUCCUUAGGACUGAUCGGAACUCAGCUUUUAUGGGUUUCAUCGCUUCUUACACAGGAGUUGUCCCAGUCAAUGUAACCUGCACUAGAACGGAGUUUCAAAUUCAGAUAUCCCAGCAGUCUUUGCCCCAGCUGGAUCGUGAAAGUGUGUAUCUGGGAAAUCCAUCCUGCUCAUCCCAGAUGACAGCAACAACCUACAAGAUUCUGGCCCGCUUCGUCAACUGUGGAACAGCUGGUCAGAAACGGCACAACAUCACAAUGCUGGUGAACACUCUCUACAUUGACUUCUCCGACGGAAAACAGGAGCAUAUUCAGGAAUAUGAGGUGCAGUGUGAUGCCCAAAGGAAGGUGGCCAUGAUCAACAUCAUCUCAGUGGAGGAGCGCAUCCGCAUGAACGAAGCCGCUCGCCUUGCGGAGGUGGCCAGUAGUCAGGGGAACGCAGAGAGCGUGGAGGCCGAGCCUCAUGAGACCAGCGACAUCGUCUUUAUCAGUGUGUGUGUGCUGGCUGUUAUUCUCAUGCUAAUCGCCAUUGUGUGGCUGCUUCUUCUUUAGAGACUGGACAUUCAACUACUGGCUUACAACUUCUACAUUUUUAUUUUUUAAGUCUUUUAUGAACAGCAGAUGGAACCAAAAGAAUGCAUGUUGUAUUAUUACAGUAGAUUUCAAUAUGUUCUUUUUUUUUUUGUAUACAGAUUGGGAAGCUAGAGGUCAUAGUGUGCAAUAAUAUGGACACCAUCAAAAUCCAGCCCUAUAAAGACAAUCAAAUGGUCCAUUUGAUGCAUUAUAUGUGCAGAGUCAUUAUUAAGAAGUUACUGCUAAAAAGUAUUUGUAAAAAUUUUUGUAUAAAAAGUGAAGGCAAACAAAUUAUUCUGUUGAAUUCCAUAUUCAUCAUGCACCAAUGAAUGUUAAAAUCUA